AUGUCCUCGCCGCGAUCCCCUCGGAGGUCCACAGAGAGCUUCGAGUUCCUCACGCCCAAUACAUCGCAGUAUCCCUUCCCGCCGCCGCAGAAUGAGUGGGCCACGCGGCCGAGUUCCACAGGCGGGCGCUAUCAGCCACGUCGCGGGUCCACGGCCAGCUCGAUACACUCGGUGGGCGGAGUGCUGGACGCCGGCUUCAAGACCAACAUGGGCGCCGUGAGGGAGCAGCACCAGAAUGCGAUCUCGACGCUGCUGCAACCGCCUAUUGUGAGGACUGGUAUGCUCCCCCAUACCACAGCCACGGCCGCCUCUGGUCACCGUCCGCCCUCAACUCGAGACAUACCUCCCGUGACCCUCGCCAACAUCCCCCACAUCGAACCGACCGCCUUCAACCCCUACCUCGCCCAGAUUGGGAAUCUAUACGAUGCUUUCCAGCGUGCAAAGGCAGAAGCCCAAGCUGAGUCUGCGCCGCCCGUCAGGCAGGACUCUAAGAAGAGCGAGCGGGCAGAGAGCCGGGACCGCGGCUUACACACGGGCUCACCAGCAGUCACGCCCAACCUGUCCGGGACACCUUCGACACCCAAUGCAUCACCAAAAGCAAAGAAACGUACGAGCGGCUCCAAACGCCCCCCUCCCGCUGCCACGCCCCUGUCCACAAUCCCCCACGUCUACUUCGACGAGAACUUCCACCUCGAGAACCCACGGACCUUCGACAUAGUCAGCGAGAGGUCGGAAGUGGUACGGCCUGUGCGCACCCAGGGUGCUGUUGAUGCGGAUGUCGCGAAUGGUUCGUUGGAUGCGCCCAUACCGACAGGGAGGAAAGCUCUGGCAACCAAUGCGAUACUGCAGGAGAAGCUGUCCUGGUACAUGGACACAGUUGAGGUGCACCUAAUAUCCGCUAUAUCCACGGCAUCCAAGUCGUUCUUUGCCGCUCUCGGCUCACUGCGCGAACUCGAGUCUGACGCGUCUGAGUCGGUUACCAAGAUCAAAGAGAUCAGGGAAGAUCUCAAGCGUCUGGACGAGCAGAUGGCAGUGGGAGGCCUGAAAGUGGUCGAGCUAAAGCGGCGGCGAGAGAACCUCAGAAAACUCACCGACGCUGUGGACCAGCUGCAGGCCGUCAUGGUCGGACUGUCGCACUGUGAUGAAGUUGUCAGCAAGGGCGAGCUCGAAGUCGCCAUGUCGCGGCUGGAUAUGGUAGAAAUACUCAUCACUGGCGCGCUCGACACCACAGACUCCGCAUCCACGUCCUGGCUGGACGCGCGGUUACCUCCGAACCUCAUCGAUCUACGCAAUCUAAGAGCAUUAGACGGGGUCUUCGAGGGCAUACACCAGCUCAAGUUUCGUGUAGGCACCGGGUUUGAGGCUCGCUUUAUACAGACACUGCUCACAGACUUGCGCGACCAUGUCAAGAACGUACCAAAUCACGACACCCUGGAAAGAUGGGUCAGAGCGUCACAGAAAACACGAGGCACCCACCAGAAGACAAGAUCACUUCUGCCUGCAUACAUGACGACAAGUGAGAACUUCAGAUCGGAUCUGCGGACAAGCUUGUACGGACUGAGUGGAGCGCACUUCACUAAUCAGGCCAGUGCCACAUUCAGAGACCUGAUCGUCAAAGAGAUGAAGCUGAUCAUUCGUAAAUACCUCCCUAGUUCGACGGACGAUGAUACAGCGUCCAUGACGUCCGUAUCGACGAGAGACAGUCGAGGGCACAGCCAGCAAGAUAAGAAUUCUAUCCUCGCUCGCAAUCUUCGCGCUAUGGACCCUGCAGAUGCGGAAGACUUUUUCGCGAACAUCUUUACAGAUACCGGCGAAGCACUGCGCCGGCUCAGUAUACAGGUAAAGGUGCUGCUCGACGUUACUAGCGGCGUUACAACACCUCCCUUGUCUGCCGGUGGGCUACGGUCUCCUCCACGAAGUCCGUUCAUGAUUGGAAACAUUGAUGACUACAUGAGCAAAGGCAACAGCACAUCAUCUGGGAGUGAUCUGCAGAUGGAGUGGAUGCAAGCUUUAGAUAUGUCGAGCUUGCUUGGUCAGGCUGUAGAUGCGGCUCAAACACAGAUCACAAAGCUAUUGAAGGUGCGCUCGGAACCUACAACUAGUCUUCCACUCGAGCGGUUCCUGCGGUACUUUAAGCUUUGUAGAUUGUUCGCCGAUGAAUGCGAGGCAGUCUCUGGGCGGUCCGGGGCAGCCUUGAAGGGUGUUGUGAACAAUCACAUUACUGACUUUGUAUCUAAAUAUGGAGACAUUGAGAAGCAAGAACUCGCAAAAGCCAUGGACUCGGAUCGAUGGGAACCGAAAGACUUCGAAGCGGAAGACACUGAGGUUCUGGCUCGAAUACUACAAGGCAUGGAGAGCGACCCACCCAACUGGGCGCAGAGUGGCGACAUUCUUCGAGAAAUCAAGGAGCCAGUUGUAAAUGGCAAUUCAGAACAGACAAACGGCACCUCCGAAGACAAACCCAAAGAAAAAGGCAAAACUACCGUUCCCGCCAUAGUCGACGAAGAGAAGUACACAGUAUCGAGUUCGUCGACCUACGUCAUCCGCGGCAUUGAACGUUUCGAAAUCCUCCUCUCCGCCAUCCCGAGCAUGACUUCGGAAGUCUCAUCCUCUCUCUGCGAAUACAUCAAGCUCUUCAACUCACGUUUAUGCCAACUCAUCCUCGGAGCUGGCGCCAUGCACUCUGCCGGCCUCAAGAAUAUCAACACCAAGCAUCUGGCUAUUGCAAGCCAAACACUCUCCUUCAUCAUCGCCAUUCUCCCCUACAUACGUGAAUGCGCACGCCGCCGAUCUACAGCGACGACUAAAUCCGCCAUCGCCGAAUUCGACAACACCAAACGCCUUCUGCAAGAUCAACAGGUUUCUAUCCACGACAAACUCACCGACAUCCUUUCUGGUCGCGCGACAGUGCACAUGCGCAGCCUCAAGAAGGUCGACUGGGAUAGCGAGGCCGAGGCAAACAAGGCUGUUAGUCCCAGCAUGGAGAGCCUGACAAAGGAUACGGUAACCAUGCACAAAGUCAUCAAUAAGUACCUGAGCGAGAUGCAGGUCCGCAUGAUCAUGGCGCCGGUGUUUGAGAGUUACCGCGAGCAGGUGGGCAAAGUCAUCACGGAGGCGGCGGUUGCAACGCCCAGGGGAAAGGCGAGAUUACUACGUGAAGCAAAACUCUUCGACGCAAAACUCGGUCCCAUCGAUGGCGCGGGGAACGUUGGCGCGUAUCUGAUUCAGCUCGUCGAGGGCAGGACGGUUGCGCAACCACAGCCACAACCACAACCACAAUCCGAAUCCGCACCCCCUACGAAUGAAAAGACGGAAGAGAACACCAGUGCCAAUGGCGGGACUGCAUAG